GGUGCAGGGCCCAAGGACUUGGGCCAUCCUCCACUGCACUCCCGGGUCAUAGCAGAGAGCUGGACUGGAAGAGGAGCAAACGGGACAGAACCGGCACCCCAACCGGGACUAGAACCCAGGGUGCUGGCACCGCAGAAGGAGGAUUAGCCUAGUGAGCCGCGGCGCCGGCCAUCCCUUCCUUCUUGUGCUCCUGCUUCUCUGACGCAUCUCUCCCUUCCACCCUUCUUCCUUUGCCUGUUCACCCUUAAACUUGGGGGCUCAUGGUUCUCUUCUCAGUGUCCUGAGAGUGUGGCCAGGCUAUCUUGUCCUGCCUCAUCUUCCUGUCCUAGCCACACUCGAUUCGAGCCAGAUUACCUGUCCUUGCUGGCAACUGCCAGCCCUCUGAGGAGGUUGGUCAUGAGUGGGGUUGCAGAGAACAGCCAACCCAGACUAACUUGGGUUCUGUGUGAUCCUUCAUGUGACCACAAUACCAAUUUGUAGUAAUGCCAAUUAGCAAAUAUUCUUUACCAGUGCUUGUGCAAACUCUGUGAUUUCUUGUGACCUUGCAGAGUGAAGUAUUUCACCACAGCUGUGAAUUAUGGAAAAGUUCCAGGCCUAGUGACACAGUACUGCCCACACAUGCAAAUCUGCCUAGGGCAUACACCUGUCUAUUGGGGGGCGGGGGCCGGUGGAAGGUGGCCCAGUCAGGAAAUAGUCAAGCUUUCCCUAAAUGGGGUUCAAAGGCCUUAAGACAAAUGACCAAAACCGGAAUCCCACAAGACUUCUUUGGAUAAUUACAUUCAGAUUUUCCCAUGUUAUAGAUGCGGAUAUCCCCUGGGAGUGUGCUGUUUUAAGUGGCCCCAAAUGGCUCUCUGCCUUCCGCAUCAGGUUUUAUGUAUAGGACCUGCCAGUCGAAGGCAUGGGUACACACUGCUGCGGUUUUUAACCCUGGUUCAACCUCCGAGCUGCUUUCUUAGUAAAUCACCCUGCCCUGGCGAUGAAAUGCAGGGCUGCAAAGGCAUUGUCCUUGCAGAAGCCCGGGCAGGGGGAGUUGUGUCUAGGAUGCGAGCUUUCAGCAUCCUGAGAUGAAUGGGGGAGGGGACGCAAUGUCACAUUUUUCGGGUCGCUCUAUUCCUGUUACAUGCUGGCACAUGCUCUAUGCCAGUCUCGGACCACCCUCCAGCCAAGACUGGAGGGGUUGGCACAGCCGGUUUCUCUGAUUCCUCUGCUGUUGGCCAGGGACUGGGGACAAGGGAGGUGAGAAGGGAGCCACGGGGGUGCGUUGCUGAGCAGCCGCGGUCGGUCCAGCCUGUUGGUGAUGUGCAGAGCCCGCCACCACUCCGGGCAUGGGUAACGCGCAGCCCCAGCAUUUGCGCUACCGAGGAAGGAAACGCACAGGUACAAGAAAUCCGGAUCCGGGAUCCUCCUCAGCCCCCGGCUUGUCUAAGCGCCCAGGCCGGGCUUUGUGGCCGGCUCCCGCUCGCCGCGGAGUUUGGAGCUGGGAGCUGAGUCCUGCAGCUCACUGCGGCUGGCGGCAGGGGACGGAUUCUUUGUAGCCAGGUUCUUUUCAGCCCGGCGGAGCCCAGAGAUGUUCGCGGAGCCAGGUAGCUGUCUGCGGAGCGUUGGUGCAACCGUGCCUGCUGCCCGGGAGGUUUGGCUGCCGCAGUCCUCUCCAUUCACCGGGCUGUAAAUCGAAGCUGUCUACGCCGGCAAGGCGCUCGAUCGCGGCGUGGCCCCGGGGCUACGUCCCGCCCAGGUCUCCCGGCACCUGAUUUCCCAGUGGUCAAUUAGGUGGCUCAGCCUGCAGCAUUGAAGCAGUGGAGGGGCCAAUGCCCCUGCUUUGAUGGAGCGCGCCGUGCGCAGAGACCUCCCCAGUCGACUUCCUCAUCAGAAGGCAGCAUCCAUUCAUAAUUCUGUCUCUGCCUGUGGACCGAGUUAGGCUGGCGCCGGGCAUGGAUUUCUGCGAUCUCGUUUUUUGCAUCUGAAGGAGAAACUAAGAUAAAAGGGAAAAGGAAGAGGGAAUGCGGUCCUAACGCAACAAGGCGCUGGAAAGCCCCUGAGAGGCCUCUCCUUGGCGGGGAGAGGGAGAAGAGGCAGAUCCCCAGCCCAGCGACCCAGCCAGCUGCUGCUUCGCUGCGGAGCCGGCACGCAUGCCUACCUCACCUGACGGCCGCAUUCCCGGGGAGCCGGCGCGGGGCCCGGCGGCGCGCCCGGGGCGCACCGGAGCUAGGAUUUCUGCACCGGGCGAACGAGGCGCGGGCGGGCUGCCACGGGCCGAGCCUGAGCCAGAGCGGGCGCCGGGGGAGGCUAGCCUCGGCGCGGCGCUCCACCGCAACCCCCCGGGAUGCUCCGCGACUCGCAGCCCAGGCCACGCGGCCGUCUCCAACCUGGACAUUGAGAGUAAGCUGAGUGUGUACUACCGCGCACCAUGGCACCAGCAGAGGAACAUCUUCCUCCCAGCCACGAGGCCGCCGUGCGUGGAGGAGCUGCACCGCCAUGCCCGGCAGAGCCUGCAAGCCCUGCGCAGAGAGCACCGGAGCCGGAGUGACCGCCGAGAGCAGAGAGCUGCUGCGCCCCUGUCCGUAGCUGCGCCUCCACUGCCCGCCUACCCUCCAACUCACAGCCAGCGGAGGCGCGAGGCCAAGGAGCGCCACUUCCUCACGUUUAACAGCACCCGCUCGCCCUCCCCCACUGAGUGUUGCCACAUGGCCCCAUGGAGUAGAAAGUCCCAUCCCCCAGAGGACGAAGAUACAGAUGUCAUGUUAGGGCAGCGGCCGAAAAACCCAAUACACAAUAUUCCCUCUACACUGGACAAGCAGACAAACUGGAGCAAAGCGCUACCUCUCCCAACGCCGGAGGAGAAGAUGAAACAAGAUGCCCAAGUGAUUUCUUCCUGCAUUAUUCCCAUCAAUGUCACUGGAGUUGGCUUUGACAGAGAAGCUAGUAUACGCUGCUCUCUUGUUCAUUCACAAUCCGUACUCCAGCGGAGACGAAAAUUGAGGAGGAGGAAAACCAUCUCGGGUAUCCCCAGAAGAGUCCAACAAGAAAUAGAUUCUGAUGAGUCGCCGGUGGCCAGGGAGAGGAACGUGAUUGUACACACGAACCCCGACCCCGCCAAUGCUGUCAACAGGAGGUCCGGAACCAGGGACUCUGAGUGCCAGACCGACGAUAUUCUGAUCGCUGCCCCAUCCAGAAGGAGAAUCAGGGCUCAAAGGGGCCAAAGCAUCGCAGCUUCCCUUUCGCAUUCCGCUGGCAACAUCUCUGCCCUGGCGGACAAAGGCGACACCAUGUUUACUCCGGCAACAAGCAGCCGCACCAGAUCCCGGAGCCUUCCCCGGGAGGGCAACAGAGGCGAGGAUGCUGAGCCCAAAGUUGGUGCUAACCCCUCAGCAUAUGAGGAGGGCGAGCCCUUCGUGGGUGACCAUGAAAGAACCCCCAAUGAUUGCAGCGAGGCUCCCGGCAGCCCAAGUGCACAGGAACACCAGCCGUCGGAUUUGGGCUUGGCCUGCUCUCCACAUCUGCACAGCCCCCAGCACAAGUUAGGCGAGAGAGGGAGGUCACGCCUGUCCCGCAUGGCUGCUGACUCUGGCAGUUGUGACAUCUCCUCCAACUCAGACACCUUGGGGAGCCCCAUCCACUGCAUGUCCACGGCCGGCGUCCUCCUCAGCAGCCACAUGGACCCGAAGGACGAUCACCAGUCAUCCAGUGGCAACUGGAGUGGGAGCAGCUCCACGUGCCCCUCCCAGACCUCAGAGACAAUCCCUCCUGCAGCUUCUCCCCCGCUCACUGGCUCCUCACACUGUGACUCGGAGUUGUCCCUCAACACGGCCCCUCAUGCUAGUGAUGACACCAGCGUGUUUGUGACCGAGCAGUUCAGUGAUCCCCUGGAUCAAGUGAGAGGCCACCGGGCCAACUCCUUCACGUCCACUGUGGCAGAUCUGCUGGAUGACCCCAACCACAGCAACGCGAGUGACAGCGAAUGGAAUUACCUGCACCACCAUCACGACGCCUCGUGCCGCCGGGAUGUUAGUCCCGAGCGUCCCAAAGCGGACAGCCUGGGCUGCCCGAGCCUCACAAGCAUGGCCACGUAUGACAGCUUCCUGGAGAAGUCUCCAUCUGACAAAGCAGACACGAGCUCUCACUUUUCAGUAGACACAGAAGGAUACUAUACCUCCAUGCACUUUGACUGUGGUCUCAAGGGUGACAAGAGCUACGUCUGUCACUACGCAGCCCUAGGCCCAGAGAACGGCCAGGGUGCUGGGGUUCCUCCUGGCCUUCCAGACUGUGCCUGGCAGGACUACUUAGACCGCAGGAGGCAGGGGAGACCAAGCAUCUCUUUCAGGAAACCAAAGGCAAAGCCAACCCCACCGAAACGGAGCUCAUCGCUGAGGAAGUCUGACGGAAAUGCAGACAUUUCUGAGAAGAAAGAACCAAAGAUAAGCAGUUCCAGGGAAAUGAAGCUGCCUCUAGAUUUCUCCAACACGCCUUCUCGCAUGGAAAAUGCCAGCCUCCCCACCAAGCAGGAACCUUCUUGGAUGACCCCAAGUGAACAUGGUGUUAAGGAAGCUCAGUUAGACACUUCAGAGAUGCCAGCAUUCAAAGAUGAAGGUGCUGAAUCAACUCACUAUGCAGACCUCUGGCUUCUCAAUGACUUAAAAACAAAUGAUCCUUAUAGGUCUUUAUCCAACUCGAGCACUGCUACGGGUACCACAGUUGUUGAAUGCAUCAAAUCCCCAGAGAGCUCUGAAUCCCAAACAUCCCAGUCAGAAUCAAGAGCCACAACCCCGUCUCUUCCUUCUGUUGACAACGAGUUUAAACUCGCUUCCCCAGAAAAGCUGGCUGGCUUGGCAUCUCCAUCAAGCGGCUACUCAAGCCAGUCUGAAACACCCACAUCUUCUUUCCCUACAGCUUUCUUUUCAGGCCCAUUGUCUCCUGGUGGGAGCAAAAGGAAACCUAAAGUCCCAGAAAGGAAAUCCUCACUGCAGCAACCCUCAUUAAAAGAUGGAGCCCUGUCACUGAGUAAAGACCUUGAACUUCCAAUUAUACCUCCUACUCAUCUUGACCUAAGUGCUCUUCAUAAUGUGUUGAACAAACCAUUCCACCACCGUCAUCCAUUGCAUGUUUUCACUCAUAAUAAGCAGAAUGCAAUAGGAGAGACACUGAGGUCCAAUCCUCCCCCAUCCCUUGCAAUUACACCAACGGUCCUGAAAUCUGUGAACCUUAGGUCCAUCCAUAAGCCUGAAGACAUUAAGCAAAAAGAAGGCCACAAUGCGGAUCUCCCCUACUUGGAGGAGAAUACUCUCACAAUGGCUGCCUUGUCUCCCGGUCAGAUUAGGCCACAUAUGGCGAAGAAAUCAAUAGCACGACAGUAUUCCACUGAAGACGCCAUCCUGUCCUUUUUAGACUCCUCUGCAAUUGAAGUGGGACCAGAUAAACUACAUUUAGAGAAAACCCCUACUUUUGAUGUGAAGAAUCAUUGUGAUGCGGAAACUGUAACCUCAGCUGGUAGCAAUCUUCUAGAUUCAAAUGUCAUGAAAGAACCGGCGCAGGUGGAGGGAGAGCCUACUCCAGAGAACACACCGACUCAAAACAGUGGCUUUUCCACAGAAGGAUUCCAGAGGCUCUCUGCCGCCUGCCCGACUGAUUUGGAUGGCAAACUGCUACGCUAUGGAGCUAGUCCAGAUGGAAGCCUAGAACAGGUACAGAAGGCACCCCCUCCCAGUCAGGAGGAAGCUGCACCACCCGAAUCCAUGGAAGGAGUCACAUCUCAGGCAAACUCACCAACUACAGCAACAGACAGAAGCACUCAACCUAAGCAUCAACUUGUUAUGAGCCGCCACCACGACAAAGUGCCUGGGAAUAUCCGCUAUGAAUCAGAGAUCUCAACUGUAAAUUCAUUCCCUGAAAAAUGUUCCGAGCAGGAAAAUACUGCUUCAGGUAUUUCCGCCAAAAGUGCCUCUGAUAACGGCAGAGCAGAGGAGACCCAAGGAAGCGUAGACGAGGCUUCACUGAAAGAAUCCUCACCGAGUGAUGACUCCAUCAUUUCACCAAUUAGUGAAGACUCCCAAGCCGAAGCAGAGGGUGUAUUCGUGUCUCCGAACAAACCUCGCACAACUGAGGAUCUAUUUGCAGUCAUUCACAGAUCGAAGAGGAAAGUACUUGGAAGAAAAGAUUCUGGAGACAUGUCUGUUCGAAGCAAGUCGAGAGUUCCUCUGGGUAGCAGUAGCAGCGGCACGGGUUCUGUGCCUUCAGCUGGCAGCAACGUGACAACCCCGAACAGCCAGAGGUCUCCUGGUCUCAUCUAUCGCAACGCCAAAAAGUCGAACACAUCCAAUGAAGAGUUUAAGCUGCUGCUCCUCAAGAAAGGCAGUCGCUCCGAUUCCAGCUACCGCAUGUCUGCCACUGAGAUCCUGAAGAGUCCCAUCCUGCCCAAGCCUCCUGGGGAGCUCCCGGUAGAGUCCCCUCAAGGCGGGGAGGAUGCCCAUCAUGGGUCCCCUGGGGCCGAGGCCUUGUCCCCGCUCUCGCCGUGCUCCCCACGAGUCAACGCGGAAGGGUUUUCCUCCAAGAACUUCGCCACCACGGCGUCGGCGAGGGUUGGGCGUUCCCGGGCGCCGCCCGCGGCCAGCAGCAGCCGCUACAGCGUGCGCUGCCGGCUGUACAACACGCCCAUGCAGGCCAUCUCCGAGGGCGAGACGGAGAACUCGGACGGGAGCCCGCACGACGACCGCUCCUCCCAGAGCUCCACGUAGGCUGCCCGCGCAGGCUGCCUGCGGAUACCCAAACCCUUCCCUUCCUUGAGGUGGUAGGAGAGGCACGAGGACUGGGGAGAAGUCACAUCGCUGCUUAGCGAGGCGUUGCUAGUACAUGCUGAGGAAGCCAAGCGGGUUCAUCAUUCUUGAUUUGUUUCCGUGUUUUAAGUAGCUGCACUGUCUUUCCUGGUUUUCUUUAGCUUAGUUUGAUUUACCCAAUCUCAUUCUUUGUGAUAAUAGAAAAUACCGAUAUGUCCAAUUUUCAUGAAAGCUAGACAAAGUUUUCCCAGAGCUGCCUAUUCAGAAAACGAAGCCGUCACGGCCAUGAUUCCUUAAAGAAGAUAAAAUUACUCUGGAGGUUUGGUAUUUUUUUACAUUACAAUGAACUAAAGCAAAAAUUUAGAAGAAAGAACUACACAUAUGUAAAUACCAUAUUUUUGAUAAAAAUGUGUACAUAGAUUUAUCAAUGAUGAGUGGACAUGUGGCCAAUUAUCUACCGCAGACCAACUGUUUAUAGAACACGCAAAAAUAAAGUGUAAUAACUGUAUUCUGUGAAUACCAUUUUCAUAUCAAAUACCAUAUUUAAAUGUCCACCAAUAUGAUUUCUGAAUGAUAAACCUCAAACAGAAAUUCCAAACUGGUGAAAUAAAGGAAAGUCAUAUAGUGAAAUGUGAUCAAUUUAAAAUAAUGAAUUCAGAUCUAAUCGUUUUUGUGGCAAAUUACAGCUUCAAACAAGUUAAUAGCAAUGCGUGGCUGUGAUUUGCCAUGUGGCAAUUUGGACAGAACGAAAAGCAUGCUUUGGAUUUUUUUUAAUCGAUACCCGAAGUAAUCAUUCUCAACACAAAGCCCUGAACAGCAGCAUUUGACAGUGUCCUUUAAUUCUCUCAAUGGAUUGCUUUAAAAGAGAAUGAGUAGAGAAACCAGUAGGAAAAGUUAGGUUGUUUUAUAUUAAGCUACUGGUGACAAUGAACAGUCAUAAUCUAAUGACUGUAACCUUUAAACUUCUUAAACAGUUUAGCAGUUAGCUCCAGGUUCUGAAACUGACAAAAAAUAAA